CGCAGGUAUCAAGCUGUCUUCCUUACGCUAUGUCAAAGUCGCCCAAGAAAAAACGUGAUACCUGCGCUGCCUUAUAUUCUACUGGUAUACAGUGUGGUGUACCGACUGUUGACGGUCCACUUUGGUGCCCACGGCACAAUGAGGAACGACUGAAGCUGUAUGCCAACUACAAGGCGCAUCAUGUACUGCUCGAUACACUUGUCGAUAACCCAGCGUGCAGCGAUGUCACGACAAUCCUGGGGUGCACUUCGCUUCCGCUCCUCAAGGAAUGGAAUGAUUGCUUGAGGCUCAAGUAUAAUUUGUUGACCAGAUGUAUAGAAGCUCGAGUCUACUUCUCCGAGCGUUUUUUCGGCAACGACAUGGACUUUGGUCACAAAGCCUUUUGGGAAUCCCUCGUCAAGAAACGUGCUGAAGUUGAAAGAUUCUUGUACUACGUCGAGACGCGGGCCUAUCAACUCAUCCUACAGGCACAGAAUGCGCUUUGGGUCUUGGAUCGCGACCCCGAUGCCUACGAAUCAGGAGACUGCUCAGGCUAUGGCGACGAAUCUCUUGGUCGUGACGUAUCCUUCCAUUCUAUAGAGAGCGAUCGGGGUGCAGCUAUCGACGAUCCUCUGGAGGCGGUACUGCGCGAGAAGUCUGUGGAAUUCCUGGAGAAAAUUAGGUCUCGUCUGGCCCGAUACUGCGCUCCUUCUGGAUCCAAGUAUCACGAUGAACGACUAGAAGUCAUAUACGCCUAUGUGCGCCGCGGAAUUUUCACGGAGCCAGCCCUUAUGUUCUUGUCUCAGAGCUACGAUAGUGUCAUGGCGCUUCUCAGCGAUGACAACCUGGACUUGGUGACAUUGGAAAAGAUCUGGAAUGCUAUCAAGACUUUAUGUGUCCACGAUAUCAGAGAUGCGGUGGACGACGUUCUGCGGGCCAAUGGAGAAGGCGACUACGUAAUGGUCUUGGGGGGUAAGGUUUUCAAGGAGGCCAGCGGUGAGGAGUGGCCUUUGCACGCCUGGGGCCACAUGAUGGCAAUUUACCAUUGCUACUCCUGCCUCCGCACGACGUGUAAGACGGUGGACGAAGUCAUUGCCAUGACCCGAUUUGCCUUGUUCUCCGAGACAGCCCUCUCCCAAUCGUAUAUGAAAUACGAAUACGGCUUCGACGGUGCGAAAGAACUGAUCUUGGCAGGUUUCAUUCCCAGUGACAUACCGCUCUCCUCACCUCGGCACUCUAUCAUCUGCACGGAUGGCGGUCCUCAGUUGUUCGGGCUCAUGUGGGAGGAGACGAAGCGCAACCUAUCUCUGUACGGCUCCCUAUCUCUCAAUGAUGCCAAAGCACAAGCCUUUGUCAACGGCUGCAUCCGACAUCCUGACAUCAUGGUCAUGUUGCGCAAGAGGGCAGACGGACGUGUCAUCCGCUCGCGGCCGGUGGUUUGGACCUCGCGGAAGCGACACGCGCGGAGCCGGUCGGCACUCGCGUCCAUACCAUGGGAGAAGACUCGCGACAUCGUGCGCUGCGAGGACGAUGACCUGGAAGAGGCGCAACCCUCGGGAUGGAAUCACGAGAAGAUCGAGGACUGCUUGAUGGUAGUGCUCGUUGAUGGAGGCGAUGGCAACAUGGGCGACUUUGUGCGUAAGCUGGUGGAGAUUUGGUGCCAGGUGUACCAUGUCAAGGAUAAGAAAGAGCUUUACUCCGCGUUGGAGACACCGUUCGUAGAGGCUGGGGAGCUCGAGCAAUGCACCUGUGACCAAUAUGAGGUCACAUUCAACGUUAUGAGCGCGUAUGAGAGUUUGUGGGGGACCCCGCCGCCGCCUUGGUUAGUAGAGAAUCCAAAUAGGUUCCGCCUGGCGACAGAUUCAUUUUGAACGGGACUCCUUGGAGUUUCCUUCACGACAAGCUACUUAUGCAGGAAAGCAACGGACUUGUAAUAAGUUAGGUGAUUAGUUUCGUGCAUAUACUUUGUAUCAUAGCGCUACCCCAUACCUUGGAUUAUAUACCCUCUAUCGUAACGACGCCGGCGCCAGCCCCCCACUCGCUUAUUCUUGGCAUGUUUUGUGUCAAUCAAAUUAAAC